AUAUUGGCGCUCUGUCUUAUUAUUUUAUGCAUUUUUGAUCCGUGUUUCUUUGGCAGUAGUACAGAAAAUGGUUAAUUGUAGAAGAUUAAAGAGAAAAAAUAUUUGCAUAUUAAUUCUAUUUACACUUAUGGUGACGAUAUUUAUAUUUCAUGUUUAUUUGAUUCCAUCAUUUACUCAAUCUUACAAUUACGACUGUUACCUGGACAAGAAAUCUUUAAAAACUUUAGAAUUUAUGCUGCUUACCAUACUGGAGGUAUUUGAAAAACACAAUGUCGAGCAUUGGAUAGAUUUUGGUACUUUAUUAGGAGCGUUUCGCUACAGAGGUAUAAUUCCUUGGGAUGGAGAUGGAGAUGUGUCUUUCAUAAGAAAUGAUCCAAAUAUUCAAGUAGCAUUGAGUGAGUUGAAAAGUCGAGGUAUAGAAGCAAAUACCAUGAUUGCAAAAUAUGACGGUAUGACUAUUGAUUUCAUGAGAUGGUAUAAGAAUGAAGGAUACUACAAAGGUGAAAAGACAAUAUUGUUAUAUAAGUAUUACCCACCCUGGGUGGAAGAUAAUAUUAUUAUCAAGAUAAACCACAAGCUGGAUUCUUUUCCUUACAAGUGGAUUGGUAAACGAACAAAGCUUCCAUUUUUAUCAACGAAAGCAUAUGCACCGGUCGAGUACUCAAAACUGAUCAAGCAUAGAUACAGUUUUACUUCAUGGAUCAGUAUGCCUUACAAAUGGAAGUGUUACGUGCCUUGUUUUUUGUACAACAAAGAUCCUUCUUGUCACUAGGAAAUAUUUUUGAUUGUUUAGAUUUCAGAUAUGCUGCCCCAGUGUCCUGGAUUUGUUUUUGUUAUCUUAACCUUUUCUUUAAAUUCAAUAUAUUAGAUAUUUAUACUUUAUAUAAAUAUUAUGGAUAAUUAUAUUGUUAUAAGGUAUAUAUUUUGUUGUUCUAAAAGUAGCUACAAUCUGAAAAUCUGAAAA